AUGUCUGUUGUUCAACCCGCCGACCUUGAAAAGGACGCGCGCGAUGACGCUUCUCCUUCUCCCGUCCAACCCAGUCCCGUCAGUACUAUUCCCAAUGGCGGUGUCAUUGCAUGGCUGCAAGUUGCUGGGGCUUUUACUUUAUUCUUAAAUUCAUGGGGAAUUGUCAAUACUUUUGGUGCCUAUCAGACAUAUUAUAAGUCAAGCUUCCUGGCCAAUGAAUCCGACUCGAAUAUCUCAUGGAUCGGCUCUAUUCAGGCCUUCUUGCUGCUGAUUAUUGGAGUCGUGACGGGUCCAAUCUACGACGCGGGAUACUUCAAUGUCCUUGUCGCCGUCGGCUCUUUCUUGGUCGUUUUUGGAAUGUUCAUGACGAGUAUUUGCAAGACGUAUUGGGAGUUAAUGCUUGCGCAGGGUCUCUGUGUUGGCCUUGGUAGCGGGUGCUUAUUUAUCCCUAGUGUGGCCAUUGUUUCGACAUAUUUUACAACUAAAAAGUCGUUUGCAACGGGCAUCGCAGCAAGUGGCAGCAGUGUCGGAGGUGUCAUUUAUCCCAUCAUUUUCGCCCAGCUGCAACCGAAAAUUGGCUUCGGCUGGGCAACUCGCGUUAUUGCCUUCAUCAUGCUCGGAACCCUGCUUAUUCCCUUGACGGUGAUGAGAGUCAGAGUGAAGCCAGCACAGACACGGCGGCUGUUCGAGCUUGCCGCGUUCAAAGAAGUGCCCUUUACUAUGUUCAGUGUCGGCGAGUUCUUUGGCUUUAUGGGCCUUUAUAUACCGUUUUUCUACAUUCAAAGCUAUGUCAUCAACAAAAAUAUUAUGAGCAGCCAUCUUGGGUUCUACAUGCUCUCGAUCCUCAACGCUGCGUCACUUUUUGGGCGAGUGAUUCCAAACUUCCUUGCCGACAAGACUGGACCGUUCAAUAUGCUGGUGCCCUGCUCUUUGAUCUCAGCCAUCUUGGCUUUUGUCUGGAUUGGCAUUAAGAACACGGGCGGAAUCAUCGUCUUCUGCAUUCUUUAUGGCUUCUUCUCCGGAACCUUUGUGUCUCUGCCGCCGACGACUGUUGUGAGUCUGUCUCCUAACAUGGGCGUGGUAGGAACGCGAAUGGGAAUGAGUUUCUCCUUUGCAGGCUUUGGGCUUUUGGUGGGGAAUCCAGUGGCUGGAGCAAUCUUGAAGUCGGGGAGUUGGGUCGGUGUGCAGGCCUUCUGUGGCGCUGCCGUUGCAAUCGCCACUGUGACCAUGGCCAUAGCUCGCCUUUCCAAAUCGGCCACGUUGAUGAGCAAAGUGUAG